AUGGAGGGAAACGAGGGAACGAGGGAAAGUAUAGUGUGUGUGUCUGUGUUGGAGGUGUCUGUGUGGGAGGUGUCUGUGUUGGAGGUGUCUGUGUUGGAGGUGUCUGUGUGGGAGGUGUCUGUGUGGGAGGUGUCUGUGUGGGAGGUGUCUGUGUGGGAGGUGUCUGUGUGGGAGGUGUCUGUGUGGGAGGUGUCUGUGUGGGAGGUGUCUGUGUUGGAGGUGUCUGUGUUGGAGGUGUCUGUGUGGGAGGUGUCUGUGUUGGAGGUGUCUGUGUGGGAGGUGUCUGUGUGGGAGGUGUCUGUGUGGGAGGUGUCUGUGUUGGAGGUGUCUGUGUUGGAGGUGUCUGUGUUGGAGGUGUCUGUGUUGGAGGUGUCUGUGUUGGAGGUGUCUGUGUUGGAGGUGUCUGUGUUGGAGGUGUCUGUGUGGGAGGUGUCUGUGUUGGAGGUGUCUGUGUUGGAGGUGUCUGUGUGGGAGGUGUCUGUGUGGGAGACCCCCUCGUACCCUCCUCUGUCCCCCCCAGACCCCCUCGUACCCCCCUCUUACCCCCCCAAACCCCCUCGUACGCCCCUCUGUCCCCCUCGUACCCCCCUCUGUCCCCUCUGA